CAAACAAGCCUAAAAUGAAAGGGCAUUCCAUUUCAGGAUUAGAUUAAAAAAAAAAAACCUGAAAGAAGAAAGAGAAGACGGUGUUAGCGCGGAUCCCAAAAUGAAAAGUAAAGAUAAUAGUAACUGACCAGAUCUAAAAUUCCCUCCCGGAGUAUGAAAUCAUGAAAUCGAGUUGGAUCUGAUUAUUCAGUCAAUUCCCAUAUCACAUAUCCAAACAUGGCCACCAAUCCUUCUCUUCUUCCCGAGAUCGGACCCGACGGCCUUGCCCGAGAAGCCCCUGUCAUCGCUUUAACUGAGAAGAUCAUCGAGGAGGAGCAGCUUCAAUUGAAGAGAUAUAUUGAAGAAAAUUAUUCAAAGAUCCGUGAUGUUGAACGAGAGCUAGCAGGUCUUACAUUUGAAUUGAAACUCACUGCUGGGCCAAAAAAGGCAGCACUUGAACACUUGCGAAAGAAGAUAGAAUCAUCAACUGAGAGAAUACGUCUUGCCAAGCUAAAGGAAGAUCAAGCACGGAAGGUUUGGGAAGAAGCAUCAAAGGUUGUAAAGGAUGAGGAAGAAAUUAAGAAGAAGCUCUGUGACGAUCUAAACAGUCUGGUCCAAGAAAGCACCAACACUCAAUUUUCCAGACUGGAGGAACUGAAACGGCGGCUUGAAGCUUUAAACCCAAGCAAGGUUUCUACCUGCAGUGUCCCUGUUAGUGAGGAUGGGAUAUCAGUGCAACAAGCACAGGGCAACAAAAUGAUGCCAAACACUGCAUCCCAACCUCAUACAACAGAGUCAGCUGGUCAAGUGCCCGAUAAUGUACGCGCCGCUGGAAAUGAUGGCCAUGCAACUAAUGCAAAUGGGCACAAUCAAUUGUCAUCCAUUGAUGGUGAGGGGCGGGGAAAGAAAAGAGUUCUGAAUCCUGGAAGAGGGAAGGGAAACAUGAUUUUGCCAAAGGGGAGAGGAUCUCAGGGAUCUGGCUGGACUGGGGCCGGGUUCGACGUUGAUGGUAGAUCAUGAAGGCCAUACUGGGGUCUUGUACAUGAAGAUAAAAGCUAAAGUGUACAUGGAUGGCUAGAGAUGGAAAUCUUUGGGGAUCCAAGGGGCCUUAUCAGCAUCCAUUUUCUUCCUUUUAUAUUCAGCAAAUCUCUGAAUACUAAUAUCAUUCUUUCAACUGUUUUUCUUGAUGUGAGAAGAAGACAUGCCUGUUCCUUUGCUACUGUUUCAGACAUACAUGAAUGAUGAUUACUUCUCUGUUGAUAGACUGCCGAUCCAUAGGAUGGAAAUAAGAGUAGUUGCAAAUGCCCAUGUACUCCAUUGGAUCCAUUUGGUG